UGUGGGAUUCCCCGACGACAACGUGCUCGUUUUUACCUCAAAAUAUUUUGACUUUUCACUCGAUUCUUCUCGCCUCCUCAGCUACAUCGAAGUGACUCAUCUCCCCUGGACAGCAGUUGCGGGACACAAAGCACUGUCUUUGCAUCUGCAAAGGAGAGUGAAAAAAAAGAUGGAAGAGCAAGAGUUCGACAGUCUGCCUCUGAGCCAGAGCCUGCCCCUGAGCCAGGUCUCCUUCAGAGAGCUUUGGGAGACUGUAGUGACUCCCUCUAUCUCCACCAUUCCAACGGCAAAUGGCGCAUGGAGGACAGAUGGACCUAUGGAUAUGCUGCUCAUGAAUGACCAAGUGCUUGCUGAAGGGUUUGAUGAAAAUCUGUUUGAGCUGCCCCCAGAGAUGUCUGCUAAAGAUGGUGUUACUCCCCCGUCCUCCACCGUCCCGGUUACAACAGACUAUCCAGGGGAAUAUGGCUUCCAACUUCGAUUUCAGAAGUCCGGCACGGCCAAGUCUGUCACUUCCACUUACUCCGAGCAGCUCAACAAGCUGUAUUGCCAGCUAGCCAAGACCAGCCCCAUUGAAGUCCUGGUGAGGAAGGACGUUCCUGUGGGUGCUAUUGUGAGGGCCACAGCAGUUUACAAGAAGUCUGAACAUGUUGCAGACGUGGUCCGAAGAUGUCCACAUCACCAGAAUGAGGACGCUGCCGAGCACCGCAGCCAUCUGAUCAGAGUGGAGGGCAGCCAGAGGGCUCAGUAUUUUGAGGAUCCGCACACAAAGAGGCAGAGUGUGACUGUCCCCUACGAGCCCCCGCAGCUGGGCUCAGAGAUAACCACCAUCCUGCUGAGCUUCAUGUGCAACAGUUCCUGCAUGGGGGGGAUGAAUAGAAGGCCGAUCCUCACAAUCCUGACCCUGGAGACCCCAGAUGGACUUGUCUUGGGCCGAAGGUGCUUUGAGGUGCGUGUCUGUGCGUGUCCAGGCAGGGAUCGCAAAACUGAAGAGGAAAACAGCACCAAGACGCAGAACGGCACCAAACACACCAAAAAACGAAAGAGUGCCCCGGCUGCGGCUCCAGCUCCUGACACCACUUCUGUGAAGAAGUCCAAGCCGACCUCCAGUGCAGAGGAGGACGAUAAGGACGUGUUUGUUCUGCAUGUUCGUGGUCGCGAACGUUUCGAAAUGUUGAAGAAAAUCAAUGAUGGUCUGGAGUUGCUUGACAAAGAAAGCAAAACAAAGACCAAGGUGUCUGUGAAACAUGAGCUUGCUGUGCCUUCCAGCGGAAAGCGACUCCCGCACAGAGGGGAGAGGAGCGACAGCGACUAAGAAGAGAACAAACGUCCCGUCUUUCUCCCUCCAAGCCAUCGGGUUAAUGUCAGGCUUUCACUCGUCAUUGGAACCCCCAAAUCAUCUCCUGCCUCAGUACGCCACGACACUUGAUUCAGUAACUGUACUGCCUGACCAUUUACUGUACUCUACGUACUGUACGGUGUCUUGUUGUUUUUCCCCGUACUCAAAUGAAUAAAGGUCGGAUAGAGAGCAGUUCACACUGUAAACAGGUCUGCCUCUUCCUCAGUGACCUCGUUGCAUUUAAAGGUCCUGCAAAAUGGCUUUGAGAUCUCUAACACCCGCACGCAUGAAACAGGAUAUCGGGGUGGGACUUACAAUUUGGAGGAACUGUAUUUAAUCAGUGUUAAUCUUGGCAGGGAUUUUCAUUUGAGUUUUAAUGAUUCCUUUUUAAAAAUGUCUGUCAUUUAUGAUGCAUUAUUGUUAGUCUGAAUUAGCUGAUGAAAACUGAAGAGUGUUCGUCAUCAACAUUUGUUUUUGUAUGUUUUGUCAGAACAGUAAUUAUGAUUUUAUUGGAGCUAAAAAGAACUCAAGUAGUAGCUUGGUCAGAUUUUACACAGUUAAGACACAUAUGUCAUUGCAAAGGAUUAUAAUAAUAAAACGAGACACUGCCAUGAGUUUGAAGUCACACUUCUAAGACUUGAAUGGAUGUUUACCUCCAUUAAUGUGGCUGUAUUACUGUACCACAUCCCAUGCAACUUCAGUCACUUACACCCUGUCUGGCUCUCCUCCUGGGUGUUGUGUCAGGUGGUCCGAUCGGCACAAAUGUUUCAGUCCGGCUCUGAUUAGAUGUCCUUGGGCAUAAAAAUGCAAGUUAGACACACAGGAACAAACGAAAGGCCAGAUUAAAGAGCGCACAGGCUUUUUUUUUUUACUCCGUUUACUUUAUUUUCCAUCACAAAGAGCUGUAAAUACAAUUUAGCCCUUUUUAUUUUUAAGGAUCUGUCUGUCGUCGCCGCCGCCUCUUUAGUGGUGGUGAUUCUGCUUGCAGGGAACACAUGCUGUCAUGAUUUUUGUGAAGAUUAACAGUAGAUUUGGGAUGAUGAUGAGGGGCUGGCUGGAUCACCCCACAAGCUAAUCACCUUUUAGUAUUAGUAACUUUUAUAUUCAGCAGAGGGAAAAUGAGAGGAGGGAAAAGAGUUAUUUUCACAUACAAAUACAGGGAAAUUGGACAAAAAUUUAGACUUUUAAAACAGUACAAACAUGGGCACAAUAAAACCAGAAUAACACCUUUAACAUAGUGAUGAGGUGCAAACCACUCAGUUCAGAUUUUAAAAAACUACUGCCUGUCUAAUUUGAUGAAUGUGAUAUGAGUUCAUGACGUCAUAUUUGGCCUCUCACCCACAGAUCAUGCUGUUUUAUCACUGAGUCAGCACUUCAGUUUGAUGUGACCAAUCACUGUCAGCCACGUUAACCACUUUCUGUUUUUACACUGCCAAGAAAGUAUACUUAAAGGCAUUCUUUAUUUUUAUUUCUGUAUCUGUGUAGAUUAUUUUGGGAUCUUAGUUUUGUAUAAGAGCUUUAUCUUUCAAUAUUUUUCAUUGUCGUUAUUUUUUCAUGGCUUUUUUUGUACUAAUUUGCAUUUUGUAACUUGAUGCUUAAUGCCAAAAUAAACAUGUAACGUCAAA